AUGUCUUCCUCCGAACCCCCCUACGACCCUUAUAUCCCCUCCGGCUCAAACGGAGCCACCGCCGCCAACUCCACCCAGCAAAAUGGCAACCAGCGAACGGCUGCAUUGCAAGCACAAAUCGACGACACUGUCGGUGUGAUGCGCGAGAACAUCAACAAGGUCUCGCAGCGUGGCGAGCGCCUCGACUCUCUGCAAGACAAGACCGACAACCUGGCCGUCUCGGCCCAGGGGUUCCGCCGAGGCGCGAAUCGUGUGCGCAAGCAGAUGUGGUGGAAGGAUAUGAAGAUGCGCGUAUGCCUGAUUGCCUGCGUGAUUAUCCUGAUUAUCGUGAUUGUCGUUGGAGCCGUCUUUGGUAGCCGCCACCAUUAG